AUGCCACCAAAACGCAGCCAAGUUGCUCCCCCUGUAAGCAAUACCACUAUACGAACUGAGCCACCAAUCGAGAACUCGCAUACGACGAAUGGGGAAUCUCCCAAUGACGAGGACACUCACCAUGGCUUGCUUUUCAUCACGUCAACUGGCCAAAGACCCGAUACCCGUGACCGACAGCAACUCAAGAAGGUACGAACCCAUGUUAUGAACCAUUACCUUGAUCGCACCCAGUCGAAGGAAGGGUCGAACAAAACUCAUGCCACCGAGACUGAGGCACGAAGUGCUGUGACCAAGGGCAAGAACGCCCCAUCAGCCGGCCAGAAGCUGAGGUUUAGGCUUACCUCCGAAGGCCUGGAAUUGAGGAAGCCACAUCGUUUGCGAAAGGCUAAACGGAAAGCUCGAGAGGCCGAAGACCGGGGGCAACCACCUAUCCGUCCCCCAUCUAGGGGUGACUCAGAUCUUAUACAUUCAAUGCCCAUCACCACACUCGGAGUGUCCCGCAAUGACCCUUUUGAUACGCUACCAGCUCGUCUUAAUGCAAGUGAUGAGCUCCUGCUUAGCCGAUUCCGUACACACGAACGCUUUCCAUGGUGUCCUGUCAAUGGUCAAGGACUAUGGCCACAAUUCGCGUAUUCAGAUCAGCUCGUUUUCCACGCAACCAUGUAUAGUUUCGGCAUGCACUUCAAAUGCCGGACCCAUCCCGGAGUGGUGAUUCCCCCAUUGGAUCCUGAAGCGGAUAUGCGAAUCAUCCAGCACAAACUCGCAGCCAUUUCGCUUGUCAACGAUCGCUUAUCGGACGAACGGCAAGCAGUAAGUGAUGGGUGUAUUGCUGCAGUAGCCACAUUAACUAAUAUGGCGUUGAUAUUGGAUUCGCGUGAAGAAGCCAAGAAACAUAUGCAGGGGUUGGAAGCAGUCAUUAAAAUGCGAGGAGGAUUGCUUUCUUUGGGGGAUGGCGUGCAGACACACUUACAGCGCUUGAUCAGUUUUAACGACUUGACUUACUCCGAACUAUUUGAUGACGAAUUGAGAUUUCCCCCACUCGUUGACAUCUGGAAUGGAGCCUGGUCUACGCUUGAUGAGCUUGAUGAACCCGAUUCAUUGCCUGGGCUCGGUCGUGCAGAAUUGGAAUACUUCAGGAUACACCCUCAUCCGGUGCUGGAGGUUCUGGAUGACAUCCGACAACUAUGCCACUCUGAGCGAAAGAAACCCCUGUAUCAGUGUGAUGAUGUUGCCAGGAUGACACGCGCGGAUGUGUGCUUGAAGCUGGAGAGGCGCCUGCGCGUGAUCCUCAAAUCGACUGCUCCACCAUCGUCAAAUGCGAUCGAUGGCGCAUUUUGGAGAGCCACUGCUCUUGCAGCACAGAUACAUGUGCACCAUAAGCUGAGGGGAAACCCAAUUCGAUAUCGACACUUUCAGAUCUUGACAACCCAACUUUAUGAUACACUGCUCACCUUGGAUGAAGAUCUACCUGAACUGGAUUUCGCCCCUGCACUAUCCAUAUGGAUCUUGACUACCGGCAUUUUGACGUCUACGGACACAGUCGUGCGAUCUGAAUUCUUGAAUAUGCUUCGCAAAGCUUGUGGAAGAUUCGGUUUAGGGGACUGGGAAGCAUUUCACUGGACUCUAACAAAGUUUCUCUGGACGGGAGAGGCAGACGAGGAGAGAUAUCGCGAGCUAUGGAAAGAAAUUCAAUAA